AGCAGCUUCUUGAAGGAUCCCAGGGUGUCAGCUUCAACAACAUUACAACAACAUGUAAUUCAACAACACUCCUGCUGCAUGUAGCUACCUUAACAUUUGGACAAACGCUUCAACUCAGGAGUUCAACAGAAUGUAGAAUGCAGGGUACCACGUUCCAUUACAUGCAUCUAAUUACUGUAUAAAGUGUGUUAAAUACAUGUUCAUUACACUGUUAUUAUGCAUAGUUAUAACGUACUUUUUACAAUCCCAAUUGUGUUUAAAAAUAGAAGGAAGCCACUGUGAGUCGUGAGAACGGCACAGAAAUAACAGGAGGAGCCUGCUGCUUCCAUUGUAUUGACUGAGUGCUGUGCUUCAAGACUUGAAGUGCCCCCUUCUCCAUCCUUUUACAGCACAGAGCACAACAAAGGAAGCCGAUUCACGUUUUAUGAGGUCGGAUGUUAUAAAAAGGAGGAAGGACAGCUAUAGCUGCUGUGCUUGACACUGCGGUGUUGAAUUCAGACCAGACCGUAACUGCAGAUCUCACCCGCGCUGCUUUGUAAACUAAUCCUGUGUUUCCAUUCAACACAGUGUUAAUCACGCAACUGUGAGAGAAAAAGGCACUGACAAACAUCCCCAGAAUUUGGUGUUCAGUUUUGGAUGUGGGUGCCCUGAUGUCCAGCAUAGCUUCACCCAUGUUGAAGCUGUGCACAGUUUAGACACCUAACGAAUAUGAAAUUGUAUUUUAUGAAGCAUGCCACAGAAAAUGUUUUAGCAGUAUGAUUUCCACAUGUUUUCAAAAAGUUUCAGCAUUGCCUUGACGCGUUGCAAACUGUAAUCGGGUGCUGUUGGUGAAAAGCCAUCUUUUUCUUUUCUUUCAUGACACCACGUGCUGACUUGCUUCUCUUCUGCUUCUAUUUCAGCAGAUGUGAGAGCGUAGAUGCGCAGCCAAGUCCCUUAAAGGCGGUCUUUGAGAAGCGUGGGAUGGAUUCCACCAAAGAGAAACUGAAGAAGGAGCUGGAGGAGGAGCUGAAACUGUGCUCAGAGGACCUGAGGAGCCACGCCUGGUACCACGGAAAGAUCAGGAGAGAGGCAGCAGAGGCCUUGCUGGAGACAGACGGGGAGUUCUUGAUCCGGGACUCUCAGUCCAGCCCGGGGGACUACGUCCUGACCUGCCAGUGGCAGGACCAGCCCAUGCACUUUCGGAUCAUCCGCGUGGUGCUACGUCCCAAGAAGGGAUACUCGCGCAUGCUGUUCCAGUUCGAGCAGGACCAGUUUGAUAACGUGCCCGCCUUGGUGCGGUAUCACGUGGGCAACCGCAAGCCCAUCUCUGACAAAUCCGGAGCCAUCAUCUUCCAGCCCAUCACCCGCAGCGUGCCGCUCAGGGUCAUCGAGGAGCAGCAGGGCAGCGGCGCCCCCCAGGGGAACUCGGAGGAACAGCACCCCGGUGACAAAAAACCCAAAAGACUCAGUCUGAAUGGAGGCCAGCAGGAUAUCAUAAUGAACGGCAACCUGCUCAGGAAUAAGGACAAGAGUGGCAGUCACCCUGGGAAUCUGGAGGACCUGGGAAGGAGACCCUCCAUGCAGUCUGCCCAGUCCGACAGUAACCUGAGAUCGGGUGCCACGCAGACGUCCCAUUCAAACAGGGUGGAGCCCCCGCCCCCCUCGCCGGUGUUCCGGACAGGCAGUGAGCCCCUCCUGAGCCCCAAUCUCACCCGUGCCUCUGUGCAGCCUCAAGGGGGUCCCGUACUGAGGGGCUCAGAUGGGCAGCUGCACCCCCGAGCACCCCCCAAACCACUGCGCAUUCCCUCGGUCAUCUUCACCAACCCUCCCCCCGAACUCCGCCGGCAGAACCCUGAGGACUACUACGGGGAGCUGGUACCCAGAGCCCCCCUUGCAGGGAAGAGUCACGUGGACAGGCUGGCUGUGGAGGAGCGCUGGCAGAGCAGGGCUCGGAUAACAGACACCAGUUUCCAGUUUCUGGACGCCGUGUCGCCCACUCUCUCUACUUUUUGUGAGCAGGAGGAAGGGGGAGAGGAGGGGGGAGAGGACCCCCACUUUGUGAGGCCUCAGAUAGAAACGGUCUCCUCUUUCCAGCCCUCCCGCUUCCAGUCUCUUCUGCUGCCGGAGAACAACAAGCCCCUGGAGCCGAGCGUGCUCAAGAAGCUGAAGGAAGUGUUCGCUGGCAGUGACGCCAGGACAACAGCGCUGCACAUCCUCAAAGUGGACUGCCAGGUGGCGAGGAUGAUGGGGGUGACGAAGGAGCAGAGGCAGCUGAUGGGAGUCGGGUCGGGUUUGGAGCUUCUCACACUGCCACACGGACACCAGCUGAGACUGGACCUGCUGGAGAGGCAUCAUCUGAUCGCGCUGGGCAUUGCUGUGGACGUGCUGGGCUGCACGGGCACAGUGAGCCAGCGAGCCUCUGUGUUAAACAAGGUCAUCCAGCUCUCCGCGGAGCUGAAGAACACGGCGGGGGACCUCUACGCGUUCUCCGCAGUCAUGAAGGCGCUGGAGAUGCCGCAGAUUGCGAGUCUGGAGAUGACUUGGAGAGCUCUGCGCAGGAACCACACAGAGAGCGCCAUCGCCUUCGAGAAGCAGCUGAAGCCCUUUUACAAAGCCCUGAACCAGGGGAAAGACGAGACACCGCUGAGCUGCACAGCUGUGCCUCACAUCCUCCCUCUAGUGAAGCUCAUGGAGGGGGUGGGGCUGGGCGAGGACACAGAGGAAGGCUGUGACCAGCUGCUGAAGACACUGGCCGCUGCCCGGGCCAUCACCCUCAACGCUGAGCUGUACAGCUCCUAUGCCAGCUCCCUGCUCAAAGACUUCCAGCCCAAGGAGGAGUUGCUGGAGGUGUUCAAGACGGAGUUUGCUCUGCGGCUGUUCUGGGGGUUCAAAGGUGCAGAGGCAAAGCAGGAGGAACGGUACCAGAAAUUCGACAAAAUCCUCAGUGCGCUGGCUGGGAAGCUGGAAACCGGGGCAGCGUCCGAGCUCUGAUAAACCCCGCAGGACCGUCCCCUGGCUUGGCAGAGGACUCCCGGCACUGCGUUUCACUGUAGAACACUGGUCCUCAAACACGGUCCUCGGGACUCAGUGUCUGCUGGUUUCCGUUCCAACCGAGCUCUCAGAUUACUCAACUAAACCCUUAAUUGAACUAAUAAUUUGCUUAGUUAGGCUCUUUUAAUUGUUUUCAGCUCUCAGUUGGAGAUUAAGUUAACUGUAAAAUUGUUUAAGUGUUUUGAAAUCGGCAACUUCUCAGGAGAUUAGAACAAUUGCAAUUGUUAAAUUAAGCACAUUAUUAGUUGAAGGGUUUAGCUAAGUAAUUGAGAGCCAGCAGUCACAAGGGUCCCAAGGUCGUGGGUUGAAAAGCCACUGUUCUGUGAAGGUGGCCGAUCGUAGCGAUUGAACCUGAGGAACAGCUAAUCAGCUCUGAGCUUUGUGAAAGAGACGCAGAGGAGAAACGGUUUCCAUGGAUUUUCUUUUCUGUGAUAAAGGGGGACUGUGGAAAGAUGACAGGGAGUCUGGAUUACCUCCUCUCAGGAGUGACCAGCGUGUAUUAAACGCCAUGCUGAGACAGCAUCACUUCAGCAAGGAAAUCUCAAAUAAUAUUGACAGGUUGACAUGGCUGAGCACUGUAUAGUAUUGUAUUGUAGUGUGUGUUGUAAUUAAGACAAAAAACUGUGAUGCAAGUAACUUUUCUAUUCUUACAAACCAGAUCGAUUUUGAGUCAGUUUCACUACAAGGGUUACAUUUUUAUUUUAAAGAAAUACAUAUGUAAGUGUUGCAUUGGUUUAAUGCAGACUUUUUUCAUUUUUCUAUUUAAAGUUACAUUGUUAAAGUUUCAAUAAUUACCUCUAAGAAAUAUUGCAAACUUAAAGUCUCUCGCACCACAGCAGCGGUGUUACAACUAAGCCACAAGGUGGGGCUAAAGGCCAAGUAAAAUUAAAUUAAAAAAAAAAUAAAUAAAAAAAAAAAUCUCGCUAGAAAACAUCUUUAAAAAAAUUU